CAAUUUCAGCAUUGGGAUAUCGGGUCCACUUUUGUCGGGUUCCCCUUGUCCCCGUGUACAACUGCUGGAAAGCUUAAAGCAUUUUGUACAAAGCCGUGUAUGCGUAUUUUAAAAAUCAGAAGCAAUUUCUUUUGAGUCUAAAACGGAAUGCUCACUGGCACCCUCGCCCCGGACCCUCUGUCCUCGUUACCCCUGCUUCGCUGGGUCUCCUCUAGGCUGCCGAGCAUCCGACUGGCCCGGCCCCGCUUCGUGAUGACGGCAGAAUGCGAGUCGCCCAUCGCCUUGCACCACCGCUUCACGGUCACCUACACGCUGAUCAACAACCUGCAGGACUUCCUGGCAGUGCGCCUGGUGUGGACCCCAGAGAGCGCUGCUGCUGGCAAGAAGCCGUCCUUGGAGGAGAGGCGUGCCACCCGCGACACGCAGGACGCCAUGGUCUGCCACACCCCCCUCAACAGCCUGGGCUUCUCCCGCAAGGGCAGCGCCCAGACGGUCCGCGUCACCUUCCAGGCCCUGCGCGCCGGCGUGUACGAGCUGUCUCAGCACAUGAAGCUGAAGCUGCAGUUCACCGCGAGCGUCUCCAACCCGCCCCCCGAGGCCCGGCCCGUCUCGCGCAAGAACAGCCCCAGCAGCCCUGCCGUCCGGGAGCUGGUGGAGCGGCACCAGGCCAGCCUGGGCCGCUCACAGAGCUUCUCCCACCAGCAGCCCGCCCGGGGACACCUCAUGAGGUCGGGCAGCGUCAUGGAGCGCCGCGCCAUCACUCCCCCCGUGGGCUCUCCCGUGGGCCGCCCCCUUUACCUGCCCCCCGACAAAGCUGCUCUUUCCCUUGACAAAAUUGCCAAACGGGAGUGCAAAGUGCUGGUGAUUUCCCCCCUCACCUGACAGGUGGGGGAAUCCUGCCCUGAACGGAGAUGCUGUGCAUCCCCCCCCCAGCGGAAGAACAACGCCCCCUUCCCCAGCCAUAACUUUCCCCUCUCAUGGACCGCCCCUUUGCCGCUGCCCCCACUCUCCAGAGAACAGGACCUCUGCUGAGCGACCAGCCCCACCUCCCCGAGCCUGGCAGGACAGGCCCCCCUCCCCAAAGACCACCCUUCCACCCAGCAAGGUGGGCUGCCCUGCGCUUGCCUGGUGGCUGCUGCCAGGGCCCCGGUGCCACCCAUCGCCGUCCUCUGGAAGAAGCGCUCAGAGGAGCUGCCCCUCGCCCUCUGCCAGCGACGGGUCGGGCUGGAACCAAGGUGCGUCUCCUCUCCCCUCGCAUGUGAAGUGCGGCCAGGCCAGGGGUGAGCGGCCCCUCGCGAGGCCCAGGGGGCUGGCGCCGCUACCACCACGAGGCUCAAGUGCUGGACUGCGGGCCUGCCCCACUGCCGAAGAGCACCUGCGUGCCCGGAGGCCCAGGCAGCUCGUCCUUCGCCCUGGACUGUGCCAGCGCGGCCGGCAGCGAGGGGCAGCAUGCAUCGCCCCGGCCAGGCACGCAGCCGCCCUGCUGGAACCAGCCCCUCAGUGCAGGGGCCGCACAAGCCUCUGCCCCCGCCCCGCCUGCCAGCUCAGGCCAAAGCACCCGCCUGAUGCACUUUAUCAAGUUUUGUUAUUUAUAUUUUUUUAUUUGCCUCCAAGCCGCUCCAAGUGUACGUGUGCAAGUGUGUUUGUGAAUAAACCACACUGGCUGGAAACUGGA